UAAAAUACGCAAAAGUAUCGAUGUCGUCGAUACUUUUUGUUGUACUUGUACAUUUUUCGCCAAAAAUAAUAAUAAAAGUGAAAAGUUAAUGUAUUUUUGUUGUACAAAUACAAAGAAAAUGUUGUUGAAUUGAUUGGCAAUUUCGCCAUAAAAACGGCCGUAAUAAUACACAAGUGCAAUACGUGGAAACGCUGGUAUUGCUAGCAUGUUGAGCAGAAGAAACGAAUUCAAUGAGCAUUAUUUUUGUGGCUUGCCUUCGGCCACGCCUAACGAACUAAUAAAACAAACAAACCAAAUCCAAAUGCUGAGUUUUGCCUGAAACAAACAAAAAAAAAAUGCAUCAUUACAGAACUGGUGCUGCUGGAAAUAAGCCGCUUACUAAACUGAACUAAAACUAAAACAAAAGCAAUACGAGAAACUAAGCCCGCUGCCCGCCCGCUCGCCCGAACUGCCUGUGCCUGCCCAGCCUGAAGAAAGAAAUGUUAAAGUCUAGCACAAACACACAGGAAUUGCGUCUGCCACGCCCCGAGGAGCACCAGCCACAGCCCACGCAUCAAGUUGCCGCCGUGAUAGCCAACAAUAUAAAGUCUGCAUCAGCAGCAGCAGCAGCAGCAGCAGCCGCAGCAGCCGCAGCAGCAGGAUCAGCAGGAGCAGGAUCAGUCCCUUCCGGCCAUAGCAUGGACACGCUUAAGACAACGUUUCUGCCCAAUCUCAGCAUGGAUCCGAACGUGAUCAGUCCGCACUACUGCCCCAUGUGCCAUCAGCAGUUCGAGCGCACCCAGCACGCCGCCGAGCACAUGCAGCUCUGCCAUGGCAUUACACUCAACGCACAGCCCGGCGGUAUACCCAGUCUCGAGCAGCAGCAGCAGCAGCAACAUCAGCAACAGCAGCAGCAGCAGCUGAAGCCGUUGAGCUUUGCGUGUUCCAACUGUGAUGAUAAGUUUGCUAGCCCGCUGGAGGUGGACGAGCACCAUCGGCUGACGCAUCAGACCGUCUUUUUGGCGCGCUGCAUCGUUUGCAGCAUUUAUGGCGUCAAUUCUGUAACACAGAAUCCCAACGAAUACAAAUGCUCUCACUGUGGUGCCGUUUGCAAUGCGGCCAUGCUGGCCGCCGGUCAGCAAACGUUUAUGGAGCAUCAGGAGGCGCCGGUGACGCCGGAUGAUCUGCCGGCCAUGGCGCCGCGUGAUAUGAGACUGACGCCCGAGGAGCAGCAGCACCAGCAGCAGCAGCAGCAACAACAACAACAGCAGCAGCAACAACAACAACAACAACAACAGCAGCAACAGCAACAACAACAACAGCUGCAACAGGAGCAACAAUUGCAACAGCAACAUCAACAGGAACAUCAUCACCAGCAACUCGAACAACAGCAACAGCAGCAGCAACAACAGGAGCAGCAGCGACAACGUGAACUCCAGGAGCAACAGCAUCAGGAAGACUUGACCGAUCCGGCAACGCCCAAGGUGCCGCCGCUAACGGUAAAACUGCUGAAGAACGGCAACGGCGCAACGGUAACACAUCCCCAGGUGAUCAUCAAGGAGGAGCCACUCAGUUUGAGCGACAGCGGCGAUGUGGUGAAUGCGGUGCCUGUCUAUGCCAUACAAGCGAAUCCUGGCGUCCAGCCGGCGGGCACACCCGGUGCCGGUGCAACCAGCGUGCUGGUUAGCACGCAAUCGGUGCCCGCGGAUCUGGCGCAUAAGAUCCGGCAUAAAUGUCCCGAUUGUCCCAAAACGUUUAAGACGCCCGGCACGCUGGCCAUGCACCGCAAGAUACACACGGGCGAAGCAGACGCCACGCCCAAAGAACGCCCCUACACGUGCUCCUACUGCGGCAAGUCCUUCACUCAAUCGAAUACACUAAAACAGCACACUCGCAUACAUACAGGUGAGAAACCAUUUAGAUGUGGCUAUUGUGGCAGGGCGUUCACUGUUAAGGAUUACCUGAACAAACAUUUAACGACUCACACGGGUGAAAAACCAUUUCAUUGUGGCUACUGUGAGAAGUCCUUCAGCGUUAAGGACUAUCUCACGAAACACAUACGCACACACACCGGCGAAAAGCCGUACACCUGUCCGUACUGUGACAAACGAUUCACGCAACGCAGCGCCUUAACCGUGCACACGACCAAGCUGCAUCCGCUCUAGGAUAGGCCCAGCGGUGGCCGGACCAUAAUAGUUGACCCAAAGAAAACCACACAAAAUGUGGCCUAAAACUGCAAACUGCAACUGGAACCGGAACUGGAUCGGGAGAUUGAGAUAAUGCGAUGGGGAACUGAAGAGUGGAAAGAUGGAGAGCAACUGUAAUGAAAGACGUUCUUUAAAGACGACAAGAAUUUGGGGCGCGGAUCACAAGCAACCAACGACUGGCAAAUCUUCAAAGUGCUGCUAGACUCUAAAUUAGAAUUUUUGCUAUCAAAAAGAAACAGAAAAAAAUGAAAAAAAAAAAAAAAAGAUAAACUUACUUAUAGUAACAAAUUGUAAUACAACAA